ACAAUAUUAAAACCGUAAUGGUUGAGAUCACGGACUCACGGUGGGUACUUCCCCUAUCAUCUCUCAAACUAAUCUAACUCCACCGCUUCCCACCACCGCGAUCCACCACUCUCCCCCAUCAUCAUAUGAACCCCAAUCACCCAUCAUAAAUGGCUUCAGAACUCCAAGAUUUAUCCUCAAAACCCCAAUCUCACCCCGAUCCCCACGAUCAAGACGACCACCCUCUUCUCAGCCCCACCACACCCACCACCCCCACCCCACCCCCACCUCUCCCCACAAUCGAAGAACUCGAGAAGAAGUACGCGGCGUACGUUAGACACGAUGUUUACGGGACCAUGGGGUGCGGAGAACUGCCGUGGACAGAGAAACUUUUGUUGGGUUUUGCUGUUGUGACGCUGCUGCCGUUGCGGGUGGUUUUAGCGACAACUGUGGUGGUCUUGUAUUACUUGAUUUGUCGGGUUUGUACUCUGUUUGUGGUGCCCAAUAGAGAAGAGGAAGAUGGGCAGGAGGAUUAUGCGCAUUUGGGUGGGUGGAGGAGGAGUGUUUUGUAUUGGUCGGGUCGGGUUCUUUCGAGAGUUAUGUUGUUUGUGUUUGGGUUUUAUUGGAUUCAGGAGAGUUGCAGGGGGUUAGAUCAGGUGGAUUGCAACGAGCAAUCGGAGGAACUUGAAAGGCCUGGAGUACUAGUAUCAAACCAUGUUUCACAUAUGGAUAUUUUGUAUCACAUGUCUUCAUCGUUUCCGAGUUUUGUUGCCAAGAGAUCGGUGGGCAAGCUUCCUCUGGUUGGCCUUAUAAGCAAAUGCCUUGGUUGUGUUUAUGUUCAGCGGGAGUCAAAAUCAUCGAGUACAAAGGGUGUCUCAGCGGUCGUUAACGAGAGAAUUCAGGAAGCUCACAAAGACAAGUCUGCACCAAUGAUGAUGCUCUUUCCAGAAGGGACAACUACAAAUGGCGAUUACAUACUUCCAUUUAAAACCGGUGCAUUUCUGGCAAAAGCUCCUGUUCUUCCGGUUAUUUUGAAAUAUCCGUAUGAACGAUUUAGCCCUGCAUGGGAAUCAAUAUCAGGGGCACGCCAUGUGAUAUUGCUGUUGUGUCAAUUUGUAAAUUAUAUGACAGUAACAAGGUUACCGGUUUAUUACCCGUCACAAGAAGAGAAAGAUAACCCAAAACUAUAUGCCGAAAAUGUACGGAGAUUAAUGGCCCGUGAGGGGAAGCUAAUAAUAACAGACAUUGGAUUGGCGGAAAAGCGAGUAUACCAUGCGGCACUCAAUGGUUUGUUAUGUCAAGGGUAGACUGAGAUACACAGAUACAGAUGCAUCUGUAAAUACAUUUGUUAUUUUUAUAUUUUUUUUAGAAAAAAGUUAAUGAUAUAAGUAGUGAAAAUUUAAAAAAAGGGUGGUCUGAACAAGUGACAUAACUACUUGGAAAAUGUAUCACUUGGAAAAUGUAUCACUGGAUUUUGGAGUGGCUAUGGAAGGUGCAUCCCUGCUGAUUGUUGCUGCUGAAGGUCCAAAUAUGUUUAUAUGAAACACCUAAAGUUGGCUUGAUUGUUAAGAUAAGUUAAUAUGCUAAA